AUGGACACAUCUUCCAUUUGGAACAUACAACCGGCACUACAAUCACCUUCAUCCAAUGCUUCAACUAUGCACGAGGUGAAACCUGAGCCAUAUUUAUCGCCGAAUUAUUAUGGUGGAUCAUACAGAAAUUCUUAUCAGACGUCACCGUCACCACAGCCAACAUCGCCAAUGAUGAAUCGAAAUAUGAACACACCAUCACCGGGUCUGAUGAGAAACUCCAGUGCCGAGAGUCAAUCGCAAAUGUCAAAUAUGUACAAUCAAAGUCAAAUUAAUCAAGAACAAUAUCAAAAUUUAACAAACAACUUUAAUAUGUCGACAAGUAUCACCUGCAAUCAGUCUCCAGCUGUUGCUGUAAAUAAUGAAUACAAUAACACGAAUACAUUCUAUGAAGGUGGUCAUAGCAAUAAUAAUAACAGCAACUUUAAUAUGAUAAGUCCCCAACAACAAACACAAUUCACAGCAUCCAAUGUUUUCGUCAAUCGCACCAGUGGAGGAAGCUUCACGCCCAUCUACACCAAUGACAACCACAGUAGCAACAACAAUAACAAUAACAACGCACAAUUUCCAUCAAUGAAUACUGCGAACAACAUACAAGUCCAAGCUGUUUUCGAAACGGCCAACAAUAUGAUUUUUAAUCAAUUUCAAGAUUCAAAUAUAACGGCCGAUUCAUCGCUUUUUAAUCUCUCGCAAUUGGAUGAUCUGGUACCACUUCAGAAUUCCGACGAGUUAAGGAUGUCCAAUCUUUCAAUAUCAACUUAA